UUCCAAUAGUAAUGUACUACUCUAGUAUCUCAUUCCCCUAUUUAAAUCUGCUAUUGAGUAUGUCUUCACUAUGUAUCUUCACUUCAACUUUUUGCUUGCUAGAGCGUUAUUAAAGAUGAUGUCAUCGUCACCUUUUAGUAUUUCUUCUUUUCUGCUGAUCACCUUCAGCUUUGCCUUAAUUUGCGAAACCGUUGAAGCACAAACAAACGGUCGCAUUUUUCCUCAAGAAGAAAAGAAUGCUCUUAAAGAAAUAGCAGACCAGUUGGGAAAAAAGGACUGGAAUUUUGAUCUGAAUCCUUGUGAUGGCAACACAAAUUGGACUACACCGAGAAUUGACGAUAAGUCUCUGUAUGUCAACAAUGUAACCUGCAACUGCUCUACCCCUGAUGGUUUCUGUCAUGUACAAAGCAUAAUACUCCAAGGACAAGAUCUCCCAGGUGUUCUCCCUCCCUCCCUGGUGAAGUUACCUUAUCUCAAGCAAAUUGAUCUCUUUCACAACUAUUUGAGUGGUACUAUUCCCCCCGAAUGGGCAUCUAUCAAACUGGAAUAUAUGUCUUUUAGGUUGAAUCAACUCUCUGGGCCAAUUCCAAAAUACUUGGGAAAUAUGACUACGCUACUUUAUAUACAUCAAACUUUCAGGAGUUUGGAAAGUAACAUGUUUAAUGGAACUAUUCCGAAAGAACUAGGAAACAUGGUUAAUCUGCAGAAUCUCUAUCUUGGUUUUAAUAAUCUCACAGGUAAGUUGCCGUUGGAACUCAAUAAACUCACAAAUUUGAUGCAACUUAGGUUGAGUGAUAACAACUUCACCGGAAAACUUCCUAGCUUUGAGAGUUUGAAAAACCUUCAUACAUUAGAGAUUCAAGCUUCUGGUUUUGAAGGACCUUUAUCUCCAAACAUUUCUGUCUUGGCUCAAAUGAAAGAAUUAAGAAUCAGCGACUUGACUGGAAGUGCUUCAGAAUUUCCGCCACUUGAGAACAUGGCAGGCCUAACUAGAUUGAUAUUGAGGAACUGCAAUAUAUCUGGGAAGAUUCCUUCUUACAUAGCUAAUAUGUCUCAAUUGAAAAUUCUAGAUCUAAGCUUCAACAGGCUUGAAGGACAGGUCCCGAAUCUGGAGGGCCUGGAUAAGCUGGAGUUCUUGUACUUGACAAGCAAUAGACUUACUGGGCCAAUUCAUAAUUGGAUCAAGAAUCGAAAUUCCAAACACGUGACAGACCUGUCUUACAACAACUUCAAUGAAAACUCUGUGCCACCUACUUGUCCGGAAACCCUAAACUUGUUCAGAAGCUAUAACUCAACAAAAAAGUCAGAACUUGGAAAAUGCUUGUCAAGUUGUUCAAAGAAUUGGUAUUCGGUGCACAUAAAUUGUGGUGGAAAGAGUGUGACAAUAGGGGACACCACUUAUGAAGCAGAUGAAGACUCAGCAGGUCCCGCAAAAUUCUUUUACUUGAAAGAGAGCUGGGGAGCCAGCAAUACAGGAUAUUUCUCUGAACGUUUCAGGGAAAUGAAUUACAAAGUGACUAAUGUAUCUGCCAUUAAGGGAGAUGAAUCUGAACUCUACACAACAGCUCGGCUCUCAGCUUUAUCUCUAACUUACUAUGGACGUUGUUUAGUAAAUGGUAACUACACCGUGAAACUGCACUUUGCAGAGAUUGUUAUACGAGAUAACCGAUCUUCCCAGAGUCUCGGAAAACGAUUGUUUGAUGUCUAUAUUCAGGGUGAGAGGAAGCUCAAAGAUUUUGAUAUUCGAACUGCUGCUGAAGGAGUUGAUAAAGCUUUGACAAAAAAGUUCAAUGUAGUUGUAGAAGACGGCAUUCUAGAAGUGCGCUUUCAGUAUGCUGGGAAAGGAAGAUCAGAUCUCUCCAGCAGAGAAAGCUGUGGCCCUUUAAUUUCUGCCAUCUCUUUUGAAGCUAAUGCUGUUAAUUAUUCUUUGAGAGGCUACAUCAUGGAUCCCUCGGCUAGUCACAAAAAGAUGGUUUCCAUCAUAGCUGGAGCAGUGGCGUCCUCACUAAUUCUCAUUUUAACAAUAUGGUUUGUUGCUUGGAGGAGAAGCAGAAAACGGAUAUCAAAGGAAGAAGAAUUAAGUGGACUAGAUCUACUGACUAGUGUGUUUACCAUCAGACAAAUCAAAGCUGCCACAAAUAAUUUUGAUGCUGCAAAUAAAAUCGGGGAAGGUGGUUUUGGCUCUGUGUACAAGGGUACACUAUCGGAUGGUACUGUCAUUGCUGUUAAGCAGCUUUCAUCCAAAUCGCAACAAGGGAACCGUGAGUUUGUAAAUGAGAUAGGUAUGAUCUCUGGUUUACAGCACCCAAAUCUUGUCAAACUAUAUGGAUGUUGUGCUGAAGGAAAUCAACUGCUACUGGUGUAUGAGUACUUGGAGAACAAUUGCCUCGCCCGUGCUUUAUUUGGUCCAGAAGAACAUCGGCUCAAAAUAGAUUGGCCAACCAGGCAAAAAAUCUGCAUUGGGAUAGCAAAAAGCUUAGCUUUCCUACACGAAGAAUCAUCAUUAAAAGUUGUUCAUAGGGACAUCAAAGCAACAAAUGUUCUUCUUGACAAGAAACUAAACCCAAAGAUCUCUGACUUUGGUCUGGCCAAACUUGAUGAUGAGGAGACCACACAUAUCAGCACUAGAGUUGCUGGAACCAUAGGAUAUAUGGCCCCUGAAUAUGCAUUAUGGGGCUACUUGACCUACAAAGCAGAUGUCUACAGCUUUGGAGUUGUUGCGUUAGAGAUUGCUGCUGGGAAGAACAAUAUGACAUAUCGCCCCAAUGAGAAAUUUGUCUGCCUUCUAGACUGGGCCCUUGAUCUACAAAAGCAAGGAAAAUUGAUGGAACUAGUAGAUGAAACAUUGGGUUCAGAUUUGAACAACGAUGAGGCUCUAAGGAUGAUAAAUGUAGCUUUGCUAUGUAUCAAUCCAUCUCCAGCACUUAGGCCAACUAUGUCUGCAGUAGUCAGUAUUCUUGAAGAUCAUAUUGAUCUUCCUGAGUUUAAUAACGUGGAAUCAAGAAUCUGUGAUGAUGAUGAUGUUUUCAAGUUUCAAGGAUUAAGAGACAAGUACAACGAGAUGAUCCGUUUGAACCAAACUCAAUGACUUACUCAUUCCUCUACUUCUACAUCUACUUUAAUUCAGUCAGAUCAAUAUUGUGAAAGGAGGAGUAACAGAUUCUGUUAGGUCUAUGUGUGUGAGGUAGUUAUUUCCUUCUACUGAUAGAAGGUGAUGUUCAAAUAAUACUUGUUUGACAGGAUCCAUACACCUUUAGGGGUCCUUUGGUUUCAUGUUAUACUGUGAUUGUAAUGUAGGGAUUAUAAUAUAAUCUUGGAAUUGUUAUUCUAUGGUAUGAAAAAUCUAUAUAUCAUAUAUAAAAGCAGGCAAAGGGAGCGCUAACGUGGCGCUCUAAUAUUCUUAUUUAA